CGACACAAUAUCGCAUUAACUCGUUCUGUCCGUGCAUUCGAAUUCAAAUCGAAAUAUGUGGUUUGGUUUGCAGUUCUUUCGAAAUCAGACAUUACCGUUUUGGCAAAUUCUAUAAUUUGCAUAUGAUUUGCAAAAAAAAAGAGAGAGAAAAGCAACCAUUCGAUAUUUAAAGUGUGUUUUUUCCUCUGAAUAGUUUAUGUGUUCUGUUUUAAACAAUCAAAUUCGAAGUCUCAAAGGCAACAUUUGACGUACGAAACCUAAAUCGAGUCGGUCAAAGAAGUAAAAUAACCGUUCGAAAAACAAAACAACAACACUGUUAGUGAAUGAACCUAAUUUAAGCCACAAAUUCAUAAGAAGUAAACAUAAGAACGGGAAACAAACAUAAAACCACGUUAACAACAUAAUUUUACGGGAAAAAAAAAGGUGAAUGCGGAAAGUAUUUUCAUUAAAUCGAUUGCAUCGCAACCAAGAUAACUCGAUACGAUAGAAAAGUCGCGAAGAUUUAUCAUAAAUAGACAAAGCGGCAAUCAUAAAAUAUACAAUCUGGAAAAUCCGAAAAAGAGCGAGUAGAAAAAACAAUUACAACGAAAGAUAAUAAGAAGAAGGAAGAGAGAAAACGACAACAAAGCAGUAUCGGCUUAACAUAUAUACGCGAAUGCUUAUAAACGCUUCUGCAUACUAAAGUAGACGGAAAGACUGCUUCAGUAUGACGUAUCAAUAGUGUUCAGAGUAGUGUUUAUCAUUUUGGUGUGAGAGAAAGUUCAUGCGUAUAGUUUUCGAUUCGUGUUUACGCAUAUAUUCAACGUGAACCAAAACGGUCUGCACACGACAUCAUCAUAUUCGUCAACAAUAACAACGCUUUUAAAAAUAAAAACAACGACCACGCAAAGAGAGUGAAAUAAAAGUAAAAAUUCGACAAUAAAAACGAAAACAAAAAUCAAGAUAAUCGACGUGGAAUAUUAUUGUCAUUCAGAUUUCAUGUGUUUGAUAUCAAAUUUGAAAUUUUUCACACAUUAAACACGCCCGAAAUGUGUCUAAAAAGAUUCAACUGGCAACAAUAUACACUUUCGAUAUUGUUGCUAAUUGCUGUAUUGGUAUCGAAUUCAAGUCAACAGAAAUUUUUCAAUUCACCGCGACCCUUUCAAAGGUAUUCAAAAGCGGUCAGUGCAAAUAAUGAUGAAUUUGUGCCGAUUGCGGUACCAACCGAAUAUAAGCCAGUGUCGGCUUCAACGCAAAUAGUUGAAGCCGUUACCUCUGAAACGAAACGUAAAGAACCAGAAACAAAUGCAACGCCAACGGUGACAUCGCAUGCCGAUAGACGCACCGAUGAAGAUGAAAUAGAUAACAAAGAGAAACCAUCAGAUGAUAAAAAUGAAACGGAAACAAUUCGAAAUAUUAACGAGAGUCUUCGAGAGCUACGAGAAAUGACAUUGGAUUUCUUGGCGAUAAUGAAGCAGAACAAUGACGGUGGCAUCCAAAAACGAUCGGCCAACCAACAACGAUCAUUUAUUACGGACUAUUUACUCAACGACAAAGUUAUAAAUCGCAUUAAAAAGUUCACCGAACGGUAUAUCUUUCAAUCGGCAAGCGGUUCAGCGCUUCAAAAUAUCGUGCCCGAUGGUGGUCGACUGUUUUUCUUUAAAGGCUUUAAAAAAUUGAUGUGGCCAAUCUUUAUUGGUGUUCAAGUGGCAAAAACCGUGCUGCUGGCCAUGUUUUUACCAAGCAUACUCGGUUCAUUAAGCAAAAUGGUUGGAAAAGGUCUUCUAUCAUCGUCUGGUGUUGGACAUCCAGCCGAAACAGUUGACGAUUUUGAAUUCAAAGACAAUCCACCGGUCGAAGAACCAACUGGAGCUGGCAUUGGCUACAAUUACCCACAGCAAACAUUAACAGCCAAUCAUGCAAAUGUCGAACCGAGUUCAUAUGAUACAGCACCGGCUGCCAAUAACAUGUUAUCGUUAUAUGAUAUUGCCGAACCAAAGCCACAAUUCACGCUAGCCAACACGUACACAAUGCCGGAAUAUGCACAGCACUCGCGAAAAGAAACGUUGCAAAGUAAAAAAGAUGACUUCAAAGUAUUCCACGACAUUCCAGCGUCGUCGAUGCUGCUCACGAAUUAUGAUCCAUUCUACAGUCCUUUGUUGUCACGACUCGAUGCUGUAUUCCAUCAAUUGAACCUAAACGGCGAUAAUGAAGCAUGCCGCGAAAAGCUCGUCUGUUUAAUGUACUCAAGCCCAGCCAAAUAUAUGCCGUACAGUAAUUUAGUAUCGGCGCAAUUAAGUCGCGAAUUGAAUGAAUUGCGAAAGCCGACAUCCGAUAAUGUGGAGAUUUUGAGAUUCUUCAAGUAUAUGCGUGCAGCUCGAGACGGUCAAGAUGGAAAGAACUGCCAUAAUAUUUAUAAAAAAUGCUCCAGUUUUGAAGACACCGACCAACCGGCUAUGCUUACCACAUUCAAUGACAUCAAUAAAUUAGUACAAGCCAGAAAAAUGCAGUAAACCGUGAAUCAAAAUUCAAUCAAUCAAUCCUCGUGUGUGUGUGAACAUGUGCUCAUCAAGUGUAACUGAAAAAUGUCAAUGCAAGCAAAAAAAGAAAAAGCAAAAAAAAAAAAAAAAGAUUCUACGAAAAAGAAUCCAGUGAAACUAAUGAGAAUGCACUUAACUCUCUAUGUUGAAUGAUAGUGUGUUGUGAGAAGAGAAGACAAACAAACAAACAGAAUACAGCUAAUUUUUUGCCCAGACCCAGUGACAUAUAAAAAAGAACGUUGGACAAAAGAAAGAAUGAAUAUUGUGAAUUUCGGGGUCAAUUCAACAAAUAACAACAAUUGUUGCAUGAGAUUGAAUCGCAGAAAAAAGCAGAAAAAAAAGAAAGACAGAACGCAAAAACGCUUGAUGAAAUGCAUAUAUUGCCGUAUUUAAAUGGGCUCGAUUGACAAUGAGUUUGAACAAAUGAAUAUCGGUUUUGUGUAAAUAGUUUACUAGUUUGUUUAAUAGAUGCACAGACAAUUCCAAAGUAUAAUCUCUAGAUUAAACAAAAUUUCAUUCGAUUCCACACAUUUUACACACAUUUCACCAUCUUACAAAUAAAUAAUAAUAUUUCGUCGAAGAAGGUCAAUAUUUACUUAGAUGAAAUCAUAUGAUCAAUUUAUGAAUAAAUUAGUGACAUUGCUAGUGUGUAGAUUGUGUGAAAAUGGAAACAAAGAAUGAAACCAAUAUUAGAAUACAUACAUAACAAAUCAAUUUGGACGUAAUUUUCAUGAAUUUUUAUGAAAUUUGCUCGAAAUGAAGAAAAAAAAACGAGAGAAAAAUUCGACAAAAUA